AUGGAGUAUAAAUGUAUAUUAAUAGUCUUAGUAUAUUUAUCAGUACUAAUUACAGGUCAAUAUACUAUAAGAGGAGUUCCUGAAAGUUAUGCAGAGUUGGGUGAAAAUUAUAGAUUACAAUGUAAUGUUACAGAUUCACCUUCUGGUUUAGAUUUCCGUAGAAACAAUAUUGUUGUAUGUAAUAUGAUUAAUUGUGAGAGUCAAUCAAUAGAUAAUAGAUAUAAAUGUGGAUGUAUCAAUAAUAACAACAAACAACUAUAUCUCAAUAUAAGUAAUAUAAAUAAACAAGAUGAUACAACAUGGUCUUGUAGAGGUAAUUCUGGUGGACAAGGAUCAACUAAUGUAUCAGUUUAUUAUGGUCCAGAGAAUAUAAGAUUUAACCCCACUAGUGAUAAUAUAGAUGGUAUAGAAGGAAAGAGUCAGAGUGUCAACUGUUUAGCUGAUUGUAAACCAGAGUGUAACAUCACCUGGUCUAAAGAUGGUUUAACAACAAUUCUAAAUAACCGUUUAUCACUGAGUACUAGAAAUCAAACUGGUUCUUAUAACUGUACAGUUAAACAUAUCGUAUUAAAUAAACAACUUACAAAACAACUUAAUGUUCAGAUUUAUUAUGGGCCUGAUAGACUUACUUUCUCACCAGAUGUAACAAGUAUCAAUAUAAUAGAAGAUGGUCCAGAUGAACUUACUUUCUCACCAGAUGUAACAAGUAUCAAAAUAAUAGAAGAUGGUCCAGAUAAACUUACUUUCUCACCAGAUGUAACAAGUAUCAAUAUAAUAGAAGGUAGAGAUCAAACUAUAACAUGUUUAACUGAUUGUUAUGAAUGUAAUUAUAAAUGGACUGGACCUGUUACAUCACCAACUAAAGAUCUU